GAGGCCGCCGGCGCCCGCUGGGUCGGAAGUCACCAUGCUGAGGGCGGCGUGGAGGGCGCUGAGCUCCAUUCGGACCCCGGUCCCAGUCCUCGGGCUGCCGGGCGGGGGGCGCGCCCGGCUUCCCUCCGACCGCCGGGGCCUUCGCCUGCCUCCCCGCGGCCUCGUCCUCCCGGGCGCCCGCGGAUAUGCCAUCCAGAAACCAGUCCGGCCCAGCCGAGGAGAUGACCCACCCCCUUCCACACUGCUCAAAGAUUACCAGAACAUCCCUGGAAUUGAGAAGGUUGAUGAUGUCGUGAAAAGACUCUUGUCUUUGGAAAUGUCGAACCAGAAGGAGAAGCUAAAAAUUAAGAAAGAGCUAUUGAUGAACAAGAUUGUGGCAAACCCUGAGGACACCAGCUCCCUGGAGGCUCGAAUUGUCGCCUUGACUGUCAAGAUCCGCAAUUAUGAAGAACACAUACAGAAACAUCGAAAGGACAAAGCCCACAAGCGCUAUCUGCUGAUGAGCAUUGACCAGAGGAAAAAGAUGCUCAAAAACCUCCGUAAGACCAACUACAGUGUCUUUGAGAAGAUAUGCAAGGAGCUAGGGAUUGAGUACACCUUUCCCCCUCUGUACUACCGAAAAGCCCACCGCCGCUUGGUGACCAAAAAGGCUCUGUGCAUUCGGGUUUACCAGGAGGCUCAAAAGCUGAAGAAACAAAAAAGGGCCUUAAAGGCCGCAGCAGCAGCAGCCCGGAAACAAGGCCAGAUGAACCCUGAAAGUUCUUCCAAAGCUGGACCAAAGGCAAUCAAGGAAAACCAAUAAAUGUUAAAGUUUUA